AUGAAAUUAUUAAUGGUAACUUUAAUGGCGCUGUGUGCAGCGGUAGCUGCUGACCCAGCGGUUAUUAUUAGUGGAGGUUACUUAGGAUCGCCCUUGACUUCCGCUGCCCUUAUUGCCCCAGCGGCGCCAGUAGCAUCUGUACAAUCACUAGCACCUAUAGCCGCUGUAGGUUCACUACCAUCAAUAGCACCAGUAGCACCAGUGGCACCAGUGGCACCUGUUACUUCAUAUCUUUCAGACUACAGAUAUGCCUAUGGCUCCGGGUAUAGUUACCAAGAUACUUAUCCCGUCGUCAACUCGGCCUUGUCUCUUCCCUAUAGUCUACCUUACGCUUAUGCUGCUGACUGGUUCUAUCGCAAU